AUGGGUCCUCCUCAACCCGAGCUGAAGAAGUACCUGGACAAGAAGGUCUUUGUCCAGCUCAACGGCUCGCGCAAGGUCGUCGGUGUCGUGCGCGGCUACGACGUAUUCCUUAACAUUGUGCUGGAGGAUGCAUUUGAGGAGAAGGACGGUGGAGAGAAGGUCAAGAUUGGCACUGUGGUCAUUCGUGGAAACUCGGUCGUCAUGUUGGAAGCAAUGGAGCGGAUAGGCGGCGACGACAGGCAUGGCGGUGGCGGUGGUGGCAGAUAG